GUUACAACCUUUCCCAGCCAUCAACCGAAGUUCCAGGCUUUUCUCAUCCUGCCUUCCCAGCUCCGGAACCUCUCACAUCUUCAGCUGUCCUUGGUAGUUUACAGAGGAAGGAACAACAAAGCCAAAAACGGGGAAAAGAGGACGGCACUUGGACUAUUAAAAACGUCCUAAAGGAGCAAGCAGAUCACAACACAUUGAUUUCUACUGAGGGAGCACACGAAAGUGACAGAGGUGGUGCAGCCUCAGCAUUAGGAUUAGGAGAAAAGGAAGGUGUAGAACUAUCCUGGGAUUCUGAGAGUAUCUCCGAGAUUCAACUACCAAACUAUGUUGAUCAGUUAUCUGGAGCUGCACGUCAAGGAGAAAAAAAUACAUUAAAUGGACAAAUAGAAAAUUCUACUGAAAAAUUUCCUCACUUGAAACCUGCAGUUGGAGUGAAAGAUUCUGUUCCUAAUAAAACAGGCGAAAUGAAGAAUUUACAAAGAUUCAAAUCAGCAGACCUAGACUUACAAAGGACAUCUGAGGAAGAGCAAGAAAGACUUGAUGGAAGUGAAAAUAACCACUCACACGUUGAAAUAGAAGAGAACAGGAACAAAAGUGGUGAACUGAAAGCAUCAGAAACCAUGUGUGAUGGCAACUGUUAUAAAGGACUAACUCAGCGGAGGAAGAGGGGAAAAACUGAUGACCAGCAGUUUCCUGCUCUGCAGAAAGGAAAUUCUGAUAGUAGCUGUCCUGGCUUGCAUAUGAAGGAAGUAAAGAAUGAAAGUGGAAAACAGACGUUAAAAGCAUCUGUGACUUCACAUGUAUUUGAGAAGCCUGCCUUACUAGCUGGUGGUCUGCUACCCAUGAAUGACAACAGCAGUUUAAGUGAAGGAGAUCUAGGUCAUGGCAGGUCUUCAAAGAAAAUGUCUACUAAGAGGGACAAGGUCAAAGAGCAGGUGAAUUCUGUGGAUGACCUCGAUGACUUAACUCUGUCACCGGAAACAGCUUCUGAGGACUGCGAGUCGCUUUACCCUAAUUAUAAGAACACCCUGAGGCUAAUCGAACGACUUGGCCCAGAGAGUACAGAUUCUGUUAGGUUAUUCAAAAUUCAGAAUGCAGUUCAUUCAUUCAGAAGAUUAAUAGAAAGUAAAGAAGCUGACUAUGAACUACUUAGAGGAAGACUUAAAAAAAUGGAAAAUAAGGUUAACAGGCUACAAAAAGAACAGUUGGAAACAAGAGAAACGAAUUCACAGUUGGAUCAAAAUGUGGCGUGGGAACGAGAGCUCUGCAGUGUGAGAUUCACAUUAAAACAAGAAACAAAGAAAAAUGCUUACAUAUUAUAUGAAAAAACUAAGGAAGAUUUAAAAAGGAAAAAGAAUACAAUGAACAAGUUUACCAGAAAUAGCAACUUGAAAGCACUGUCCGAGCACUAGAGUUCGAACUGAAGAGCAUAAAGAAUAAACCAAAUCAGGUUUUAGAAGAGUGAAAUGACGCUCAGAGGCAACUUUCUCAAAAGCAGAAUGCCAGAGUAAUACAAGACGAAAUCCUGACCCAUCAUCUUUCCCAAUAAAAGGAGGCAGAAAAGGCUAAUAAGAAAAUGAAUGCUG